AUUCAAUCAACGUCUGUCUAGGACAAAAAGGUCUUGCUAACUUGGACACUGGGUGUUGUUUAACUACCCCCAAACAUCCAAUGGGGUCAGUCUUGGUGAGAAAUGAGGGACGUUAAAGGCAUCGACAAUGGCGUCUUUUAUCAUACAUAAGCCAAAGCUGGAAAGCAUCAAGGAGUUGGAUCAGUUUAUGAUGAAGCAUCGUAAGGAUUAUGUUGAUCUGCACCGGACUACUGAACAUGAAAAGGAUAGCAUUGAACAUGAAAUUACUACUGCUUUUAUUAAAGCUUGCAAAGAACAGAUCGAUAUUCUCAAGAACAGCAUUAGAAAUGAAGAAUCAAACUCCAAAGGAUGAGGAUAACUUCAAUGCUCGGAUACUAUAGCACACAAACAUGGAGUGGUUUUGAUUCUGAGCGAAAAGCUUCAUUCAGUCACUUCACAGUUUGAUCAGCUUAGAGCUACUCGUUUCCAAGAUAUUAUUAACCGAGCUUUGCAAGUGCAGUUCACAACUCUGGCCAAGAGGAACGCAAAGGAUGCAAGUGCAGUUCAUACAACUCUGGCAAAUCCGGAGGCCGUAGAACCAGAUGAAAUUCAAGCCCAGCCUCGUAGAAUACAACAACAACAACAACUUUUAGACGAUGAAACACAAGCCCUUCAGGUGGAGCUAAGUAAUCUUUUAGAUGGUGCGAGGCAGACGGAGACUAAGAUGGUGGAGAUGUCUGCAUUGAACCACUUGAUGGCAACUCAUGUUCUGCAACAAGCCCAACAGAUAGAGUUUCUAUAUGACCAGGCGGUGGAGGCAACGAAGAACGUGGAGCUUUCACAAGCAAUCAGACGUAACAGCAGUAGCAGGAACUUUCUCUUGCUGUUUUGCUUCGUCCUUACUUUCUCUGUCUUGUUCUUGGAUUGGUACAGUUAA